CCAACUUACAUUACAGAGGGAGAAAGAUGGCGAGGGAAAAGUGCUUCUUAAACCUUUCUUCUGAUGAGUCUUCUGAAUCCUCCGACGCAUUGUUGCCAGAAAAAGAUGACCAUCUAGACUUGCUAGAUUCAAGUAGCGCAAUCCAAACAAAGCCUGGAUGGAAGGCCAUGCCAUACAUCCUAGCUAAUGAAUCAAUUGAGAAGAUGGCAACAUAUGGGCUGACAACAAAUUUUAUGGUGUAUUUGGUGAGGGAGUAUCACAUGGAUCAGGUUUCUGCUGCCAACAUUCUCAACAUUUGGACCUGCGGCUACUCUUUAUUGACAAUCGUUGGUGCCUCAGUUGCUGAUAUCUAUCUUGGCAAAUUUCUCACCAUUGCUCUGGCUUCCCUUGCAACUCUCGUGGGGAUGGUAACAAUAACUCUGACAGCCUUUGUGCCACAAUUAAGACCUCCACCUUGCUUCAUUGAUGGGCAACAACAUCUUAAGCACUGUAUUUCCAACACAAAAACCCAACUGGGUUUCUUGCUUGUUGGGCUAUCUUGGCUAGCCAUAGGCACAGGUGGAAUUAGGCCCUGCAGCAUUCCCUUUGGCAUUGACCAGUUUGACUCAACCACUGUCGAAGGCAGAAAAUCAAUCCAUAGCUAUUUUAAUUGGUACUACACUUCAUCCACUGUGGUCAUGUUGAUCAACCAAACGCUGGUGAUCUACAUCCAAGACUCAGUUAGUUGGGCCUGGGGAUUUAGCAUCCCCACCCUCCUCAUGUCUUGUGCAAUUGCCCUGUUUUUGGCUGGCUCCCAAAUUUACCACCAUCUGAAGCCAGAAGGAAGCACGUAUGUCAGCUUUGCACAAGUUCUUGUUGCUGCCUACAAGAAGCGCCAUCUUAAGCUUCAUGACAACGAAAGGGUACUCGGAGUUUUCUCUGAUGUUUCAUUGGAUGGAAAUGUGGUGCUCUCCAAGCUCCCUCUCGCUGCACAAUUAAGCUCCUUGAAAAAAGCAGCUUUAGUGGUGGACGAUGACCUAAAAGAUGAUGGGUCUUGUGCAAAUCCGUGGAGGCUGUGCAGCAUCCAACAGGUUGAAGAGGUGAUAUGCUUCAUGAAAAUCCUUCCAAUAUGGGCUUCUGGUGGCAUCUGCUUCAUGACCUAUGCGCAAGAAGGAACAUUUGUAGUGUCACAAGCCCUCAAAAUGGACAGGCACAUUGGACCCAAUUUCCAAAUGCCUGCUGGGUCAAUCAAAAUGAUGUCAUUGAUCUCAUUAUGCAUAUGUCUCCCAUUCUACGACCGUGUCCUCCAACCGGCCCUAAAAAAGAUCACCAAACACGAAAACGGCAUCACAACUCUCCAAAGAAUAGGACUUGGGUAUUUGUUCUCGAUUCUGUUCGCAGCGGUGGCUGGACUGGUUGAGCAACAGAGAAGAGCUUCUGCUCUGUCACACGCUUCAGCCGAUGGCGUUGCUCCCAUGUCAUUGUUUUGGCUAUUUCCACAGCUAAUGCUCCUUGGCCUGUUUGAGUUGUUUGGCGUUGUUGGGCACAUUGAAUUGUACAACAAGGAGUUUCCUGAGAAGAUGAGGAGCAUUGCGAAUUCUCUGAUCUAUCUUUGCGUAGCUGGGGGUACUUAUUUGAGCACCUUGGUGGUGAGCAUUGUGUACAGAGUUACAGGGAAGCAUGGGCAGCCCAAUUGGUUGGGCAAUGAUAUCAAUGCCGGCAGACUGGACUAUUUCUACUUCCUAAUAGCUGCUCUCGGGGUGCUGAAUUUUGUGUAUUUUUGGUCCUGUGCUCGUGGAUAUACUUACAAUUACAAGGCCAACGUAAACGCAGUAGAGACUAUACAGACUGACAUUUUGGUUUAGACUUUUGUCCUGUGAAGUUGACUUCCUUUUUCACAAAAGCUCUGUAUUUGAACUUCAUCAAUAACCCUUACAUAUAUAAGUUGUUUGAGUUGCAAUUCUAAGCCCAAC